AUGGCUCCCCAAAAACCGUUCGCUCGUUCAGUACUGCUCAACGACUACACUAUCAUCGGUUCACAGAUCAAGGUUGCAAAAAAGAAGCCCAAGGCACGCAACUCGUCUAAGCCUAGCCUAAGGCGUAAGAAUGGAACGCUGAAUGUUGCGAUACGUGCUCGCUCGGAGUUGAUGCAGAUUAGCGCAAAACACAACUCCCUCAAUUCACCACUGCUCCGCCUUCCAGGUGAAAUUCGCAACAAGAUUUGGAACUAUGCUGUGGGAUACCAUCAGAUCAACAUCAGCCACAGUAGCUACGGAAGAUCUUCGCCGAUCGUAUCUUCGUGCGAGGUACGUCCGCUAUACACGAACGCCAACCUCCGCACUUUCAUUCGACCGACCUUUCAGCUCUAUAAGGUCUGCCGGCAAAUGUAUGUUGAGACUUCAGCCAUGAUCUAUAUGUUGAACACAUUCGGAUUCAAAGGUUCCGGUACAUUUGAUCGCUGGAUCAAGAAGCGGGCAAUUGGGCAGAGGCGGCUCAUCAACUCUGUUGACAUACCGUAUGAGUACAUGAGACUUUACCGCGGUGGAUUCAGGAAGCUGUUCCGCGAGAAGUUACCAAACAUCAAGCGAAUUGGUGUAGACAUGUUGGUGCCAUACUUCAGCCAACAUCUGGGGGAGGACAGCCUGGAGAUGGCGAAGCAGAGGGUGAUCGACUUUAUCAAAGAGAAGGAGGGUGAGUGUGUCAAGGUUGGUUGGCAUACUAGUAUGGUAGGGUCGCCGCUAACCUACUAAGGAGCUUCAGAAUGGAGUGCAAGGGUGUCCGUUGGUAGUUUCGUUGGACGGUGAUCAUCGUGCGAUGUUAUUCGAGCGAUUGCUGGAGAAUCAUGAGUACAUUCGUCAGUAGGAAGUAGAUACCCGGCGAGCACAAAAGGAGCAUGACCCCAAGAGCAACAUAGCUAUUCAGUGGCCGCCCACAGUAUAUUUCAUGCUGUCCGAACCAUGAGUACGAGUGUAUAAGCAAGGUGAUGCAGAUUCAGCCUACUCACUUUACGGACGCAACGACAAGUUGACGAAAUCAAAUAAGAUAGCCUAGACACCACAACCUUACAACUCUUCCUGAUA